GAGUUUGUCCCACCUCCAGCGGUCAGGAGAAUGCGGAAGCGUGUACCGGAAGUGUGUCAAGAGUCGGUACAUUUGGAAAAAGUUCAUGUGGGCAGAUCAGAUUCGCUGAUGAUCAUCCCCACGAGAGCUUCUUAGAAUUAACAGAAUAAUGCCUAGCGCCAACACCGCGCCAUAAAGCGAUACAAAUUCAGAAAAGAGACACAUAAAAGGGGGAUAUUUAUCCUUAAAUCUGCAGGGACUGAAAAUAGACGCGGAGACUGCAUUAGAGAACCUGUACUGUUUUUGGCAUAACGGCACCUUUCCAGAGGAAACCGAGCUAUCAAGAUGGCUGACUCUAGCACUGGCAAGCCUAUUAUGGUCACAUCCUCCGUCUCCCUCAAAAUGACUGCUCCUUCUUUCUACAACCAACCCAAAAAGUUUGCAUCUGUUGCUCCGCCACGCCCCAAAGGACAGAUGGCCCCAUCACAGCCCUCAUCUUUUGUAAGCACUGGUGUUAUUGGACGAGUUGGAGAGAUGCCCCCGCUCCCUUCAACUCUUUGUGAGGACUUCCCGCCCCCUCCUCCUCCUCCACUGGAUGAUGCAGAGCUUCCAGCCCCUCCUCCAGAAUGCCAGAUCACACCCCCUGCACCUGAUGCCCCUCCUCCUGCAUUCCCAGCCCCGCCCCCUGUUGCAGAAGACCUGAACCUCCCUGCACCUCCCGAGGAAUUAACCUCUGCACCUUCUGCCUCCUUCCCUCCACCCCCACCACCACCUCCUCCUCUCCCUGGGACCGGUGCAAGUGUCAGCUCUCAGAGGGCGUUUGAGAAACAGACCAGUUUUGACAGGCAGUUGGGCUCUUUGACCGAUAUGAUAUCAGAAAUGGAGACGAGCAGUCCUUUCAAUCCAAAGUUGCCUAGCCAGUUUUCAUCCGCACCAGCGCCAAAGCCUGCAGCACCACCACCGACCGCUCCUAAGCCUACCCUUUCCUUUCUGCCCCCUCCUGAGCUGCAGGAUCGUCCUCCCCCUGCCCCUUGGGCUGAGGAGCUACGUGCCAGAACACGACCGGCCAAUCAGAACACAACAUCUGCCCCUGCACCGGCGCAGUCAUUUCCUAAAGCCCCAGCUGUGGCUCCAAAGACCAACUUCCCUCCCAGUCAACUGAAUUCAAAUUUUGGAUCCAAAACAGUUAGUCCUGCACCUACUGGAGGAGCAAGAGGGUUUAACCACGCCGUUAAAACCCCCGCCCAAAGCUCUUUCCCACCACCUCCACCUGCCGCCCCUCCUGCCCCUUUUCCUCCACCAGCGAAUAUUCCCAGCCCUGCACCUACAUUCAAUCACUCUGAAAAAUCUCCCAUUGGCAGCCAGCAAAGCUUUGCUCCGCCUUCUCCUGCUGCACCCAAGACAUCACCCGUCUCGUCAUUCAACAGACCAGCAAGAAACACUGUUCCACCGAAGGUGUCUGGUUCAGGUUCAGGUCCUGGUGGAGCUCCUCUCACUAUGAGGGAAGUAGAAGAGCUGGAGAAAAUGACUAAGGACUUUAUCAAAGACAUGGACAAGCAUCCUCCUGUGAUCACCUCUCCAGCUACAGUCCAUUCAGAGGUGUGUGGUAACUGUGGAGAGGCUCUAUCUAGAUCUCAGCCUGCAGUAAGAGCAAUGGAUAAACUCUUCCACUCCCAUUGUUUCUGCUGCGUGACCUGCCAGCGCCCCCUACAGGGCAUGCAGUUCUACGACCGUGACGGAUCGCCUCAGUGUGAGGACUGCUACACGAAUUCUCUGUGUGUGUGUUCUCGCUGUGGGGAGCGGAUCAAAGAUCGUGUCCUGAAAGCGGUGGGCCAGUGUUUCCAUGCCCACUGUUUCCUCUGCACUACCUGCGGCUGCACCCUGGAGGGCGCUCCAUUCAUCACCGAUGACAAUAACAACCCCUACUGUGUCAAAGAUUACCAUCGCCGUUUCUCUCCUCUUUGCGUAAGCUGCAAUGAGCCGAUUAUUCCGGACCCUGGAAGUGAAGAGACUGUCAGGGUUGUUGCCUUAGAGAAGAACUUUCACCUGAAGUGUUACCGCUGUGAGGAUUGUGCUCGUCCCCUUUCCAUAGAGGCAGACGCUGAUGGCUGCUAUCCGUUAGAUGGCAGAAUUCUGUGCAUGAAGUGCCAUACCCAACGUGCCAAGCAGGCCAAACACUGAUUGGUGGAACUUGCCACAAACCAAAUUUAAAACACAUAAUUGGCUCAGCUUUGAAAAUGUAUUUGCCGUAUGUGUUUGUGAGUGUUGUACUUCUCUUUUCCGUUUCACAUUCUCAUUUUCCUCAUGUUUGCUCAAUGACAGUUUCGCCUUUUCUCGACAAAGCUCUGCUGCUUUUUCUGAAUGGCCUUAUUCAGAGCUCGGUUAACAGCUUGCCCUCUUUGGCCUGGCUUUUUUCUGAUAGGGCUUGAUGUGUGCGAGCACAAUGUUGGUGCCUCCCUGUUGAAUGUUACAUGCAACACAGUUUUUACCCCUAGAUUGAUAUGUAAAGAGUUAGAGAUGUGAUUUUUAGCCUUGAAUUUUUACUGUAGUUGCUGACUCGGUGCAGAGGUAAUGUACUGCACUGCCGACUCAGUUCAGCAAGCUGUACGACUCCCAGCAUGCCUUUAAAAAAACUCCGAACAUCCAUAAAUUGUACCACAGCUACUGCGGCGAGAUGUAACCUCUAUAUAUCCACAGCCAUCCAUGCACUUUCAAUAAGGCUUUCCGAAACAUACCUUGUAGUUGAUGAGAAGGGCUCAGAGUGAAAUGUUGUCGCGACAAACGUAAAAUAAGCAAAAAUAAAGGCAGGUAAAGGCGAAAGAGCACCGCAAUUUAUGUAUUUGUCAUGCAUGCUUCGUUUAUAGAACCGAUUACUUGUAAAUGAACAAAUAUUUUAAAAAGCACAUUUGUUUUGUCCUUAAACGUAUCGAACGAAAUAUGUGAUGAUACAGUUGAGUAAGUUUGUGUCAGUAUCAGUUCAGUUGGUUUUCAUUCCACAUAUUGCCAGAAGUAUUUAGCGAUUGCACACUUGUAGGUCGAUUUAAUGAUUAAAAAGUAUUUCCAAAGAAAAGCACAUCAGUCACUGAGUCUGUUGUUUAUUUAAUAAUAAGUCUAUGACAUUGUAGCUAAAGCUUUUUAUAAACAUCUGGAUUAUAGAUUGUAUUAUCUACUCAUUAGCUUCAGUAUAUACUUAACUAGAGCCUUUUGGUUAUAUAUAGCAAAAUUCAUUCAACAUCACAAAACUGUACAGUUCAUUUUAUCAUUUUUGUUUAAAAACAACAGUGUUACUUACUGUAGACAAACUAACAUUUCUGAACAAAUUAAAAUACUUUAUUUUUUAACAGUCAGCAUUCCCUGUGAUUACUGCGCAGAAUUCCAGGUUUCCAACAUUUGGCGUUUUAGGUAAUUUGUUUUGUUUAUUAGUUUCGUGUUUAGUUGUGUUUUUCAUAGCAACUACUGUCUCACUAACACCACUUAUUUUGGCUUUAAGGUAGCACUGAUAGUAUUUUGAGAAUUGCAUCUGUAUUUACAUACGGUAGCUCAGAACCGUUUUAUUUAUCUUUGCACCUCAAUGUGUGUUCCCUUCCUGGCAUUGUAUCUUGACUUUUGACUAACCAAGAAAUUCUCGUAUUUAACAUAAUCAAAUAAAACGAUGGCUGCCAUCAUAAAAAAAAAAAAAAAAAAAUACUUGACCAAAUCCAACACAUUAUGCAUGAUUUGUAGUUAUUGUUAUUACAGUGUUUUUAUACAUUAUGUUGCACGGUUGCCUCAUUUUCAUGCUGGUAUCACAAUACUGCUGAAUUCAGUAAGCCGUCAUUGACCAUUUGAACACUUAUGGUUUAGCCUCCAUGUAUUUACCAUUUAUCAGUACUUUGUCUCUUUUUUUGUAAACUGAACAUCUAAAUUCCUCUCUUAAUAUGUGAAUGUGUGUAUGUUUACGGUCGAAAGUGUGCCAAUGUGUUAUUUUUGCUAUCAUUGUUUUCCUUCCAUAUUUGUACUGUAUUCUGAACUAAUAAAAGUAUCAAAUUGA